UAGACGUUAAUUUUGCCUCAAAUAUACACACGGUUGGGUUCAUAUAUAUUAUUGUGUGUAUUUAGUCUAUUAUAAAUUUGUUAGCUGGUGAUACAUAAAAUACUCUUAAGUUGGACUUUGCAUAGCCCGUUGUUUACGUACGUAAAGUGCGUAUGGUUCCACUACUGGGUUCGGGAACACAGCCGCUGUCAGCGUCCUCCGCGUUUUAGGGUACAAGCAGCAGACGGGAACAGCUGCUGGGACUCCAGUUUGGAAACAGGAACGAUUGUACGGCUGUCUGCGCCUGCCCGAGGAACCUGCAAAACUUGUCCUAGCUUGCCAGCAGUACCUUGAGCAGCGCGACACUUGCACUGUCCAAUGGCUCUGUUGACUCUGCACAGGCUCCCCUCCAUCAGCACCGCUCCGGAUGAAACCACCCAGAGAAGAGGGCGAUUUCAGAAAAGAUUGGUCACCAGGGAGAGCUUUGCCCUCGUGAAGGGAGCAGUGCUCCUGCUGGAUGAGGCCCAGAGACAGGAGCUUCAAGAGGAGACGCCACCUCCCCAGAAAGAAGACUGUCCCUCAGACAAGCGUCACAGACACAUUCACGCCAUGGUUGAGCUGCUUCGUCCUGAAGAUAGUAUCAAGCUGGCCGUGCAACUGGAGUCCGCCAGCACGGUCCGAGUCCGGUAUCUUAUCGUCGUCUCCACCCUCGCGAACAAAGAUGAGACCAUCCUGCUCGGCAUGGAUUUCCCCAAACAGGACAGUGAUGAGUGCACUAUUGGCUUGGUUAUGCCCGUCUGGAGCGACACACAAGUGUAUCUGGAUGGAGACGGUGGUUUCAGUGUCACAUCAGCAGAAGAAACAAGAAUUUUCAAGCCGGUUUCCAUGCAAACCAUGUGGUCAGUACUGCAGUCUUUACACGGCUGUUGCGAACGGGCCGUGAAAGGCGCCGUGAUCCCGGGCUGCGGCCUGGAGUGGGCCCAGCAUUACCAUGGGCACAUCGAGUCGGACCGCCUCUGUCUCAACGAGUGGGAGGCCAUGAAUGACUUGGAGUCUGUCAGGAAGGACAGCGACGGUCAGAGCAGUGUAGACAGAACCUCGAAAGAGAGGCUGAUCAAGGAGCACUUGAGGGACAUCAUGAGGACAGAAGACCUGGAUAACCUCACGUCUAAAAUGGUCCACACGGCCCUGAAGACUCGAAUCGGCUUUGACAUGAGGCCGUUCAAGGAGUACAUUGACAAUGAGAUCCUGGUCACAAUGGCUCAAAUGGACAAACCAUCCAAGAUUUUUGACUAUCUUUACCUGGGCUCCGAGUGGAACGCGGCCAACUUUGAGGAGCUGCAGAAAAACAACGUGGGCUACAUUCUGAAUGUAACGAGGGAGAUUGACAACUUCUUCCCAGAAUCUUUCACCUACAUGAACAUCAGAGUGUACGACGUGGAGGCCACUGACCUGCUACCCCACUGGACCGACACGUACAGCUUCAUCAACGCUGCAAGGAAAAGCGGGCAGGCGGUAUUGGUGCACUGCAAAAUGGGCGUGUCUCGUUCGUCAUCCACCGUGAUCGCCUACGCCAUGAAGCAGCAGCGCUGGUCGCUGGAUGUGGCGUUGGCCUACGUGAGGGACUGCCGCUCCAUAAUCAAACCCAACGACGGCUUCAUGAAGCAGCUGCAGACCUACAGUGGCAUCCUCAACGCCAGCCAGCAGCGUCACAGUUUACUCUGGAGGCGAAAGUCCAAAGACCAAAGGCAGAAAUCUGAGCGUAAAGACAACGUAGGAGAGAAGCCAGGCGAUGAGGAUGAGGAAGCUGGGGAUGAGGAGGAAGAUGAUGAGGAUGAUGAUGAAGAGGCAGAGGAUGAUGAUGAGGAAGAGGCAGAGGAUGAAGGACUUGACGAGGGUGACGACAUCACAGAGAGUAGUGAUGAAAAAGAGGAGUCUGUGGAAGAGGUUUUUGUGCAGCCUAGUCCCAACCAGGAAGCUGGGCAGAUAGCGCCACCUGUCUUCAUCACUGCUCCAAGUGUCAGUCGCAGUGGCAGAAUGAACCUCUUCUCCCUCAUGCAGUCCAUCAGUGAACUAGACGAUGCAGACAAAGGAUGCAAUCAGCUGCCUGCCAGUCCACGACGAUCGCCUCGACAACGAAGGCGGAGCCAUGGCCGAAAGGGUUUGAUUCACCAGAGCGCCUGCGUGGAUCUGUCACCCGAACCACGCAGUCUCCCGGACGUCGCGAACGACAAACCUUGAAGCUGUCAAGAGGAAAAAGAGCUUCUUUUUUUUUAAAUAAACCGAAGGAACCGGACUUAUAACAUGGCAAGAAUUAUUCUUUUAGUUGAUUACUCAAUGCAAGUCUUGAUGGUUCACUGCUCGCUGUACUUUUGCAGUAUUUGAACGACAUCAACUGGCUUAGACUUUGGUUUAGUUCAUCCAGUGUUUUGACAACAUUUCAACACUCCAGAAUAUCAACUAUGCAAUUUUUCUUAACAUUCAGCCAAUUAAAAGUUAUAUCCACUCAAGAGUCACAAGACUCACUGAAGUCUUUAUGAGUUUCUAAGCUGUACGGAUGGACCAAGUCAAAGACAGUUUUAUGGUGCACACCACUUUGUCAUUAAGCCUGUAUUCCAAUGUGCCAAAUUGAAAAUCUUUAUUACUGUCAGAUUUAUGUUUUGCAUAUUUUGUUAUUCCAGCUGUAUGAGUGCCUUCUAGCCGAGAAUGAUAAAAUUGUGUUUCGCAUUUAAAGUUGUUUGAUGCUUGGAUUGUAACGUCAUGGGUAUUUUGCAUGUUGCAUGAAUAAGUAACUGCUGAUGUUUUGUACCAGCCUGUGAUAAGUUUUCAUUCAGGUAUUCAGUCUUGAGUAUUUAUAUUUUGCUUCAUUACUCUAUAUCCUGUUUGCAGGAUCUCGAGGGGCUGAUCUGAUUGUUUUCCCCGUGCUAAUAGCUCAUUGUUUUAACACGCUUGCACCUUUUUAUCCAACACAUCAAAUCUCCUGAGCCAACUUCAAGCUAAAGUAUAAUAAAUACUGUUUUGUAUACGCUGUACACUUUGGAUGACGUGUUUAACGCCAGUGUGUGCAACUUGUGUUUUCAAGCACAUGAAAAUAAAAAUCUGCAUUUUU